ACGAGGCCACGUCCUAAGCCGCUCAUCAUGUUGCGGCCAGCGACUCCGCUGUCUAUUCUGUUUUUUAUCGCCUUCGUCUUGCUGUUGCUAAGCACCCUUUCCACGCCCAUUAUUCAAGCCAUUCCCCUGGCCCAAUUCGAAGGUGUCGACUUUGGAGUCUUUGGUUAUUGCNAAAAUGGAAAAUGCAGUGGCAUGAGAGUUGGAUACGACACAGCCGCCGACAACAAUGAAUUCUCUCUACCAUCCAGUACUCGAGCCUCGCUCUCGUCUAUUCUCAUCGUCCAUCCUGUCGCAGCUUUCUUGACCCUUAUUUGCUUCGGCCUGGCUGUGGCCGCUCACUUCCACUCGCCAGCCCACUCUCCUCGCUAUCUUCUGGCUCUGCUCAUUCUGACAUUCCCCACACUACUUGUCGCUCUAUUGGCUUUCCUGGUCGACAUUCUCUUGUUUGUUCCGCACAUGCAGUGGGGAGGAUGGAUCGUUCUGGCAGCUACCAUCCUCAUUAUUGCUUCUGGUGUCGUCACUUGCGCUAUGAGAAGGACCUUGGUAUCAAGAAAGGCUCGCAAGAAGCGUAUCGCUGAGAAUGCUGAGAUGAACGGCGCCAACUACUACAACAAUCUGCAGAACGAACGCCUAAUGGCUGAUGAGCUACCCAGAGCGGACAGUCCCCCACCUAUGAAUGGCACUUUCGACACCUCCAAAGGACCUCAAUUCGCAUCCUUUGAGACUAAGAGCAACGAGAGGAGAAGUGACGACCGCGCGCCGCUCAAUCCCAAAGCGCCGUCUGUCAUCAGCAACGGCACUGCUCCUAGUGCACGCCCCAUGGAUGACGAUCUUCCUCCCAUGCCUGUUCAACCCGCGGAUCCUUACAAUACUCAGCAGAAUGCCAACGCUCCUAUCAUGUUGAUGCAUCAAACUUCUGAUGGCUCACACGAGCCUCAGAACCCGAACCGCAUGGGACCCCCACCUCCUGGCUAUGGACGAGGCAGAGGCGGCGGCUAUCCUCCCCGUGGAGGUUACGGCNCCCCUAGAGGUGGAUUCGCACCACGAGGUUCUUAUGGCCCUGGUCCAAGAGGUGGCUACGGUCCUGGCAGAGGCGGCCCACAAGGUAUGAGAGGUCCUCCUCCUCCUGGUUGGAACGGUCCACAAGGCAGAGGAAUGGGUUCUGGCCCUGGUCCUGGUCCUGGUCCAAUGAUGGGUCGCGGCCAGCGUGUUCCUCCUCCAGGCUAUAGCAACGACCAACUCCCCCCUCCUGGUGUCGGUCCAUUCCCUCGUAGAAACGGCUCUCCCGAGGAGCCUGUCAACGGCGAGAUCAUCGGCCAAGCUAUCGAGAUGGACGAAAGAACCGGAAGUCCUGCAAUUCAAUCGCCUGCCAGAUAUGGUCAACAUGAUAUGCCUGGUAUGAUUGGUGCAGCUCAGCCCCUGCCACGUCCUCGCAGGGACAUCACACCCGUCAACCAAAGACAGCCAAGUGGAGGUGAACCUGUCACUCCAUCAAGCAUUUAUUCAGAAUCACAUGCUCCCCCACCUACGGCCCAGAUGAAUUCUGUACCUCCUCUUUCGCCCAUUCAAGCAUCUCCAACAUCUCGUCAUAGACGCGCUGGUUCUGAGUCUUACUACGAAGAUGUCGACCCUCGCUUCGCUGCUGCUGAUGAAUCGUCCAUGGUUGGUGCUCCCAUCCCGACGACUUUGACUCCUGGUCCACAAAUCCCCACCGUGCGUCACCCUACACCCGAACGCCUGCACGUUGGUCAGGACCAUGAAGGGCCGUCUCUGGAAAGAGAUAGCUCUUAUGAAAACAUAGAGGGCGCACUGUCUCCUGCCAUGUCUGACACCAGCAACUUCACGUCCGUAAGUCAACGUGGUGUCAACCCCAACUGGCGUCCGCCACCAGGCUACGGCCCUGGAUCCGCGACGGGCCUACCAUCGCAACGCAGAAACGAACAGAAUGACAUGAUUCUUGGGCAGAACCCAGACUUCAUGUUGCCUGGCAUGCGCGGCGGAGCCCGAGGCGGUCGCGGAAGAGGCGGUAUGCCGCGUCCUAACCCCACCGGACUGACUCCUCCUGGACGUUACCCGGGUGCGAUGUAA